AUGGCUAGUCCAUUUGUCGUCUUUGUUUGUCUACUCAUCGUGCUACCUCAAAUCCAGGCCACUUCUAACCCCUACAAUGGGACUCUACCUCCUCAGGGGUGUCAGAUCCCUUGUAUGACCGAGGUUAACUUGCACUUGUUCUUGCACCAAUUCGUCGAUGGACCAAACCAGCCAAACCGCAAUGAGGAAACCUUGCUCCAAACAAGUUUCCCUUUUGGGUUUGGGACGACGAUAGUCCAUGACUGGACUCUUACUGAGACAACAAAUUCCAAAGAUACCGUUGUUGCACGUGCACAAGGCGUGCAUGUCCAGGCUGGUUUAACCAUGGAUAAUAGAUGGUACAUGACUCAUAACAUAGAGUUUGAGCAAGGAAGGUUUGCAGGGUCCACCCUUCAGGUCAUUGGCAUAACGGCGGGUCUGGAAAAUGGUCAGUGGUCCAUUGUCGGUGGGACUGGUCAAUUCGUUAUGGCACAGGGUAUAAUAAGUUUCGCAAGGCAUCCUGACUCUACUUGGGAAGAUGGUAUUAAAGAACUUAAUAUCCGUGUACGCUACACGACUCCGCAACCUCGGCACUCAGUACCCGUGGAUAAGAACCACCUCAACCUGUUCAGCUACGGCCUACGGGGGCACUAUCAAAUGGCAAGACAUGUUAAUGUUGGUCCAUUCAGGAAGCUCUCACAGCUUGGUCCUCAAGAUCAGUGGAAGCAACCCAAUCUACAACAACUUAUUUUGCAGCAAGAGACACAAGAUUGUGUAUUACCACUCACAGCGGGAGCACCGCAGACGAUGAGACUGGAGAAGAAGCCGAAGCCGGGAGCCGACACACUAACAUCCCCUGCAGUUGGAACGGCGGUGCGGUGCAGACGCUGCGACUGGAGCAAAAAACCGGGUAGCCGUGGUCGACGUGGAGCUAUCAAGGUUGUCGAGGGUAAGGAGCCGCUCAGGAAGCCGCGGGUGCUCGAGGAGGCGCCGUGA